AGGUUGUCAGUUGUCAAGCAAAGGGAGAUCGGUUAGCGAAUGCCAGCGCUCGUUUGUAUUUGCUUUUCUUGUAUUUCUAUUUUCUGGAUAAAAAACGUUAACAUAAAUUUAUCAUAGGACGACCGGUGAAGUGAAGUGAAAUAAAUAUUAGUUUUGCAGUGUUGCUCUAUUUCCUGAUAACGGACUGAUACACGAUCUUCUACAAUCAUUGUCAUCAUCGUCGACAACCAAUUUUGAUACAAGAAUCUGUGGAUUUUGGGACUCAGUAAGCAUCGGCGUUGCGGUUUCUCCAAGUGACUCAUACCAGCCACCAUCACGCCUUCAUCAUGACACUGCACUGGUGGAUGCACUGGUUCUGGGUGACAACGCUGCUCGUUAUUAUAGCCAGCACCGGAAGGAUCAUAGCUGCGCCUCAGUCAGAAGAACUACUACACAUCACAACUGACCUCCAAACAGAGCGAUAUGAAAGACAACCUAGAGCUAUGUACUUCACAAAAACUCCACAAUUACAGCAACCAGAGAACGUGACACAAAAGGAGCUGAAGAUUUCAACUCCUGUCAACGUCACUGCGACCACAGAGCCAAUACAAUGGACGCCAGUUAAUGCAACAGAUAAUGUAACGCUCGAAAACGUUGCCAACAUUAACACAACAAUUACUACAGACAAUGUCACAGAAGCGCAGAACACGACUUUCACAAAGAGGCGGAAUUUGACGAGACCGGAAUCAGGGAGAGCUGUUUUUAUGAAAGACGAUAUUCCGAUAGAGGGUCUGUCAGAAAGCCGGAUAGUGACUGAAAAGCCAUUAUCCCUUGAAACGGCAUUUGUGCAGACGAAGAUUCCAGCAAAUAUAGAGUCUUCUAGAAGAGUUAUAGACCCAGAGGGAGGUAUGGAUACAGGAGUGAUAGCUGGGAUUUCGUUCGCUGCUCUGGCCUUAGCUGGACUAGCUGGCAGUACGGCAUUUAUUCUGUAUAGAAGAAGAUAUUUAAAUAAACCUCAAACAUUGAAUGACAAAUGUUCUAAUCCUGAUUCUAGUGGAUACUUAGAUGACAGUACUAUAAGAGAUAACUCCGAAGAAAUGUACAGUUUGGACAACGAUUCAUUCUUGAACUCUCUUGAAGCCAUGACCAUCCAGAACUAUUGGACAGACACAGUGAAACACACCAAGUUAUAAGAUAUUGUAUAGAUAAUAAUACUUUGUAUAUAUGUUAGUAAUUGUAGCUUUUACAUUUAGGUUCUUGGGGAUUCAUAGACUUAGCGCGGACUUUGUCUACCGUAUGUCAAAAUCCAAGACAUUUUGAACGUGCGGAAAUCAGACUUAGCGCUAGCUUUCUGAAUCUUACCCUUCAUGCCACAUAUACACAAAAGUCUAUCAAAAUAAUUGAGUUAUCUGUCGAUUGCCCAUUUUAUUAUUUUCAAUUUCAGGUUAGGACAAGUUAUCAGCU